GCAAGUCUCAUUUUCAUCAUCAUCAUCAUCAUCACAAUCAUCAUGGUCAAAUACACACUGUGCGGCGCUACAGGUGGCACGGGAAGGUCGAUCUUGCGAUGCCUACUCGCCAACCCACCUCAAGAUCUGGAAUUGAAUAUCUUUCUCCGCAACAAGAAGAAGCUCCUAGGCCAAUUCCCCGAUCUCGAGACCAAUCCAUCCUUUGCACUCAAAAUUUUCGAAGGCCAGAACACCGAUCACGAGCUAUGGAAACAAGCCCUAUCAGGCACCGAUGUAAUAUUCAUGUGCAUAGCCACCAACGAAAGUAAAAAGGGUAUGAGCCUCUUCAGCGACACUGCCGAAGCAGUCACCAAAGCCCUCCAAGAACUCCAAAGCGAGCAGCAACAAUCUUACAAAACCCCUUCCAUCCUCAUCCUACGAGCCAUCCCCCUCAACGAAAAAUUUAAUCCCGGAACCAAUUCCCCCGCCUUCCUCUUCUUCGCCCUCCGAUAUUUAUACGACGCAAUGGUCGACGCCAACAAAAUCUACGAAACCCGAGUGAAAGAGUAUCCUGGUCUCCUCGAUAUCAUCUACGUAGAUCCACCUGCCAUCCACGAUGAAAAUGGCACAACUUGUACGGGGUACCGAUUAGAUGUCGAACCGUACAACGAACAAGACUCGGCUGCGGGACAUAAUCUCAGUUAUGCAGAUCUCGGAGCAGCAUACUGUGAAAUUGCGCUGCGAAGGAAAGAAUUCCGGGGCCAAGGAGUUGCUGUGACUGCUACUGGUCCUGUUAAGACGACGUGGGGGAGUAAUAUGUAUUUUCUUGCUGGUGGCAUCUUGGGGAGAUUCUGGGGUUGAAGAAAGUCUUUUUUUAAGAGGGGUCAAUAGGUAUGGAAGGUAAUGAUAUGUUCACAUCACAAGGGUUGGCGCCGCAGGUUGUAUGCAAGUACAGGUUACAUGCAUCUAUUCUUAUUUCAGGUAAUUUGUGUUUGGAGUAUAGUAAAGAGUGUUGCAUGUGGUUGCUUUGACACUCAUGACUCAGCUGUACCUACCUUACCUUAAUUACCUUACAUACUUAUCCUACCUUAAUGUAUGUAGUCAGGUACUCUCAAU